GACCUACACCAAUCGACCCAGGCCACAGGGACUCCACCAAUUGUACUGCGGCGGCAAUACUGGGAGCGGGCUGCUGCACGUCGCCAGAGGACAAACAAUGGCCGGAGACAUGCUGACGCAGGCGGCUGAUGUCGCCUGGACGGGCUUGGGCUGGCUCGCGAGGCGGGGGGUAUCCUUCUGGCGUAGCUUCACGUUCGCCCUCAGCUUCGUGCCAAACCAAUUGUGGAAGAGCGUGGGCGACCGCAGGGACGGUGUGGGCUACUACUCCGACCCCCUGGGGAAGCCUUCGCUUCUGAGCCACUGGCGAGGGUUGGCGGAGUUCACGUUCGGCUCCAUUACCCUGCUUCCGAAGGCUUCGACGGACGAGGCCCUCGCGGCAGCGCGCGUGACGGCAUCAUCAACGGCAAGGGGGCCCGCGGGCUGGGAGGGAGACGGCGUUGCGGUGAUGGACACCGGCAGCUACCUGGAGUUCUUGCCCCCACCCGAAGCGCAAGCCUGUGGGGAGGCAGACACGACAAGCGGCAAAAAUCAUCGCACAGGGGUGGUGAUUUUCCCCGGGGCCCUGGUUCCCCCGUCGGCAUAUGCCCCUCUCGCUCGCACCAUGGCUCGGAAGGGAUACCCCUCGUACAUCUUGCGGUUCGAAUUCAACCUGGCAACCAAGGGGUGGGAAGCAACCAGCGAGAUUAUCUCGCGCUCGGCACCAGCAGCAGACGGUGAGGGACGAGGAGCGAGCUGCUCCGCCGUUGGUUCGCGGCCAACCAAGUGGGUGCUCGCGGGACACUCCAUGGGCACGGUGGGCAUCGAGAUGUUCUACGCAGAACAUCCGGAGAUCGUGGACGGCGUGGUGUACAUGGGCAGCGGCAACAUGAUCGGCGACGCCCUUAAGGGGUCGGAAGUGCCGGCCAUGGUCCUGAGAGGCUCUCGCGAUCCGUUCGUUCCGGCAGAGGUGCAAACCGCAAGAAAAAAAUCCGUGCUCUCCGCCGUGGUAUACACGACACGCGUGUGGAUACUUUCGUCCUUCUUCGCCAUUUACAAGACGAACCAGUGCAGUAGGUCGCUUGGCGAAUUCUUUCGUGACAUUAAUUUCGGCGGUGGAGGGUUGAUGUCGGGUUGCUGUUUGUUUCGCACUGUAAUGUGUUCGCACUUCACUUGUGCUCUCGUCUUUGUUUGCCAUUUGCACAAGACGGAUCGGUGCAGUAUGUCGCUUGGCGAAUUCUGUUGUGAGUGCAAUUUCGGCGGUAGAGGCUGA